AUGGCUAAUCGGGAUCCCUCAGCAUUCGAAAUCACUUCCCAGACCAGCCCCUCUCAAUCUGUUUAUCAGAUUUCAGAUUUUCAGUGCAGCAGAGGCAAAAUCGCCUCUGGUGUGAACAUUCCGGCUAGCACUGUCCCAGUUCCUAGUGAGGGUGAUGGGAAUAACCUAAAUAACUCUGAUGAAUUACCUUUCUCCUUAUCUCAGAACUCUAGUCCGUGCAAAACACCUUCCACCACUAUAAAAAAUGCACCUAACAAUGACCUUGAAACCAUAAACAACUCGGUGUUUACUCAAGAAGAAGGAAAGAUGUUGCUGAAGAAAUCAGUAUGCCUAGCAUUCUCCAAGAACCAGAUUCGGAUCCUGUUGCAUCUGAAACAGAAGGUGGAUAUUCACAGUCAAUAUCAUUCGGAUGAGAGUGUGGAAAGAUACAAGGCAAUGCUGGUUGCUAAAGGUUUUUCUCAAUCCUAUGGCAUCGACUACCAGGAGACUUUUGCACCGGUUGCAAAAAUGAAUACCAUCAGAAUAUUGUUAUCAGUAGCUGUUAACAUGGACUGA